AUAUGCCUCUAGUUACAGACCUAAUCUGCAGUCCAAUUAAUGCAUCUGUUGCAAAGGCACUUGGUGUGUCAUGCAUACAUUAGAGCUUGAGAGAGUAGGAGUCUAGGGGGAGACUGAGGAGGUUCUGCACUGAGUGUCAUCACAGAUUACCAGAAGAACUUGCAGUCUUGCUCACUCUGUGCUCCUCUCCUCCGCUUUUGGCAGGAGAUACAGCAGACGAGCCACCAGCACCGCCACCUCUCUCUCUUUCUCUCGCACAUACAUACGCGCACACGUUCUCUCACUCACUCGUAUUCUUUUUCUUUCCUGCUUGAUAUUUCUCAAAUAGCGUUUUAAGUUUUAUAAUUGCCAGCUAUAGAACUUUGUCGUUGUACUUUUUUAAAUUUUUGGUAAAACAAAUGGACUUCUUUUGAGAGAGAGUUGACUGAAGGUAGAUUGCUUCCAGAGUCUCAACUUUUGGCACUCAUUUGUUUUUCUAACUUUUUGUUUGUUUUGGCAAUUUAUUGUUUCUCAUGGCAAGACAUGCUGAUUGUGGUCUAACGCAAACGUGAUGCUUCAGGAGUUAAGUGCGAGUGUCUUCUUCCCACCUUGCUUGCAGCACCGACCUUUAGCUCAAGUACCUGACAAUGAUGAGCAGUUUGUUCCAGAUUUUCAGAGUGAAAACUUGGCGUUCCACGGGCUGCAGUUGAGGAUAAAGCGAGAGCCCCACAGUCCGUGUACUGAUCUGGGCUUAGCCUGCAGUCAGGAGAGGCCUUUCAGACUCCACUAUGGAGAGAAGUGCCUGUAUAACAUCAGUGCCUACGAGCAGAAGCAUCCCGCAGGAAUGAAGGUCUCCAGCCCAGUGUCUACCCCCUGCAGCACACCCGUGUCCCCUGGCCAGCAUGUGUCUCCCACCGCCGCCCCCACCCCUAAACCAGACAGGACGUACCCUCACCUCGCACUGCCCCAGCCCCUCCCUGACAGUGCUUACCCCAUGGACCACAGAUUUCGGCGGCAGUUGUCGGAGCCAUGUCAUUCAUUCCCCUCUCCUCCUUCAAUAAUGCGGGACGGACGGCCCAUGUAUCACAGACAGAUGUCAGAGCCCAGCAUCCCCUUCCCUCCUCAGGGGUUCAAGCAGGAGUACGCAGACCCCGUCUUUGAGCAUCCGGCCAUGGUGGGGGCCCCUAUCCCCCAGACAUAUGCACACUCCAUGAUGAUCAAACAGGAGCCCCGUGACUUCACAUAUGAUUCAGAAGUGCCUAGCUGUCACUCUGUAUAUCUGAGACAAGAGGGAUAUCUGGCCCACACUAACAGAACAGAGGGCUGUAUGUUCGACAAAGUUGCAAGGCACUUCUAUGACGACACAUGCGUGGUCCCAGAGAAAGUGGAAGGUGACAUAAAGCAGGAGGCGGGAUUAUACCGUGAAGGCCUGACCUAUCAGAGACGAGGCUCACUGCAGCUUUGGCAGUUUUUGGUCGCUCUUUUGGACGACCCUUCAAACUCACAUUUCAUUGCAUGGACUGGCCGGGGCAUGGAGUUUAAACUCAUUGAGCCUGAAGAGGUGGCACGACGUUGGGGAAUUCAAAAGAAUCGUCCGGCCAUGAACUAUGACAAACUAAGCAGAUCAUUGCGCUACUACUAUGAAAAAGGCAUCAUGCAAAAGGUGGCAGGUGAAAGAUACGUGUACAAGUUUGUCUGCGACCCUGAGGCCUUGUUCUCCAUGGCCUUUCCUGACAAUCAACGUCCAGUGCUGAAGACCGACCUGGAGCGACAAAUCAACGAAGAGGACACCGUACCGCUGUCACACUUCGAUGAGAGCAUGACUUACGUUCAAGAUGGCGCUUACUGCAACCCGCACCCAUACAGUGAGGGCUAUGUCUACUGAAGACUGCUACACAAGACAGU